AUGCCAGGACAAAGGUCUGGCGGGGUCGCCAUUUUGGCGGCCUUGUUCGGUUUGCUGUCUUCCGUGAGUGGUCAGUCCGUGGUCUGUAACCAGCCGUCCAAUAGAUCCAGCACGGUGUACGAUUUCCCGAUCAGGGACCUCUACUACACGCAGAAGACUCUACACUUGUCCGAUUACCGCGGCAAGGUCCUGCUGGUGGUCAAUGUGGCGACGUACUUAGGCCAAACGUCGCAGUACUACGGCCUGAAUGCACUACAGAACGACUACGGGUCCCGGGGACUACAGGUCCUAGGGGUCCCUUGUAACCAGUUAUAUGAGGUACACAUGUAG